UGCUGCUGCUGCUGGUGGCGGAGCACGUCAACUCGGACAACAAAAGGACGCACAGCGAGGUGGAGAGGGUGGGGGGAGCUCACUGCAAGCCAGGACAGGAUCACAACACCAUCAGCGAGCUGCUCACUGAACUCUCUCUCUCUCUCUCUUUUGUUGCUUUCGUUUCUUUUCCCUUCACGUCUAACCGGGAUCCAAACCAUCAGCCACUCUGGAGGUGACCGUCACAGAAGCGUUAAUUGCUCGCGUGGACAGUACAGCCGUACUUGUGAGCCUCGGCAGCGAGAUGGAGAUGGAGCACUUCGACGAGCGGGACAAAGGUCAGAGGCACGGCCGCUCCAGCGCCAAGAUGAACGGGGUGCCGAGCCCCACGCACAGCGCCCACUGCAGCCUGUACCGGACCCGGACCUUGAAGACCCUGACCCUGGAGAAGAGGGCCAAGAAGGUCCGCUUCUACCGCAACGGGGACCGCUACUUCAACGGGAUCGUGUACGCCAUUUCCACGGACCGGUUCCGGACCUUCGACGCGCUGCUGGCCGACCUGACCCGCUCCCUGUCCGACAACGUCAACCUGCCCCAGGGCGUCCGGACUAUCUACACCCUGGACGGCACCAAGAAGAUCGCUAACAUUGACCAGCUGGUAGAAGGUGAGAGCUACGUGUGCAGCUCCAUCGAAGCCUAUAAAAAGUUGGAUUACACGAAAAACGUCAACCCCAACUGGUCGGUGAACGUCAAGGCCUCGGCGGCGUCCUCCCGCGGGCCUCCCUCCCUGGGCAGCGCCAAGGCCGGAGCCUCCGAGAGCCGCGAGAUCAAGGACUUCAUACGUCCAAAGCUCGUGACGGUGGUGCGGAGCGGAGUCAAGCCCCGCAAAGCCGUGAGGAUCCUGCUGAACAAGAAAACGGCCCAUUCCUAUGAACAAGUCCUGACUGAUAUCACCGACGCCAUCAAGCUCGACUCCGGAGUGGUGAAGAAGAUCUACACCCUGGAGGGCAAACUGGUGUCGUGUCUGCAGGACUUCUUUGGCGAUGAGGACAUUUUCGUGGCGUGCGGACCGGAGAAGUUCCGUUACCAAGACGACCUGAUGCUGGACGAGAGCGAGUGUCGCCUGGUGAAGUCGGUAAACUACGGGAAGAUGUCUGGCUCUCUGAUCCGCAGCUCCCCCAGGACCGUCGUCCAAUCGCGACGCAGCAAGUCCCCUGCUUCCGUGAACGGGACGCCGGCCAGUCAGCUGUCCACUCCUCAUUCGGGAAAAUCUCCCAGCCCCUCCCCGACCAGCCCGGGCAGCGUCAGCCAACGUCGGGGGUCCCAGGGUUCUUCCGCCUCUCUGUCUUCCACUAAAGUCUCCAGCUCGGUGGAGGACGGGGAUGGAGGUGUUACAGAAGCUGAGGUCGUAGUCGACGAGGUUCCAGCUGUGCCGUCCUACAUAUCAGACCGCUACAAGGUGGGACGCAUGCUGGGCGACGGGAACUUCGCCGUCGUCCGGGAGUGUGUGGAACACUCCACGGGACGGGAGUAUGCUCUGAAGAUCAUCAACAAGGGCAAAUGCAGAGGCAAGGAGCACAUGAUCCAGAACGAGGUGGCCAUCCUCCGCCGGGUCAAACAUCCGAACAUCGUCCUGCUCAUAGAGGAGAUGGACACUUACAACGAACUCUAUCUGGUCAUGGAGCUGGUCAAGGGGGGAGAUCUGUUCGAUGCCAUCACCUCUGCCAACAGAUACACGGAGAGAGACGCCAGCGGCAUGCUCUACAAUCUGGCCAACGCCAUCAAAUACCUCCACAGCCUCAACAUAGUGCACAGAGACAUCAAACCGGAAAACCUGCUGGUGUAUGAGCAUGCAGACGGAAGCAAAAGCCUGAAACUGGGAGACUUUGGUUUGGCGACUGUGGUGGACGGACCCCUCUACACUGUGUGCGGGACCCCGACAUAUGUAGCACCUGAAAUCAUCGCAGAAACAGGGUAUGGCCUUAAGGUGGACAUCUGGGCAGCUGGAGUCAUCACCUACAUCCUGCUGUGUGGUUUCCCACCCUUUAGAGGGAGCAGUGACGAUCAGGAAGUGCUUUUCGAUCAGAUACUAAUGGGACAGCUAGAGUUCCCUCUACCAUACUGGGACAACGUGUCGGAGACGGCCAAGGAGCUGAUUCGAUCGAUGCUGGAGGUGGAGGUGGAUCAGAGAUACACUGCCCUCCAGGUGCUGGAGCAUCCAUGGGUCACUGAUGAAGGUCUAUGUGAGAACGAUCAUCAGCUGUCAGUAGCAGGGAAGAUAAAGAAGCACUUCAACACCAAUCCGAAGGUCAGCGACACCACUGCAGGAGUGUCAGUCAUUUCUGCCACCUCUCUUGAUAAGGAGGGGCAGGUUCUCAGACGAGGAUGCCACCCGUAUGUGAAGCCGCUGCCUUUUCAGAUGAUGCCAGCGACGGUGACAACAGUAACAACAUCAACUACGACAACACUGCGGGCGGAGCCUCCCAGGUGCCUGCCCGUGGCCCCUCCCUCUCUGACCCCUGACGCUUGCUCUGACCCUUCCCCGAACCCCAGCCUCCCAUCUGACUCUGAUGACAUCUCCAUCAGCUCAGCCAGUAACACCUGCUCCCCCAGCUCGCCCUUCUAGAGGGGGGGCGGAGGGAGAGGAGGAGGAGGAGGAAGCAGCGAGGAGGGAAAGAACAUCCUCAUCCAGCUCCUCCCUCUUUACGGAGGAGGAGGAAGAGGAGACUUCAGCUUCCCCACAGCCUCUCAUUUGGGGGGCCCGGGGUGAACUGUGGAGGGGGGGAAAAAAAAUCAGAGAGAACUUUUAGCUUUUCCUGAAUCCAUCUUUCCAAAUCCCGGUGGAGAGAUCGAUCUGAAGGUGAACAGAGUUUAAAAAAAACAAAAAAAACAAACAAAAGAGGGUAAAAAGUUUGUGAAAGGACUAUAAAUGCAACAAGAGGAAAAGGGCAAAAGGGGAAAAGACUUUUCAUUUAUUUCUUUUUUUAACGUUCCCUCAUCUGAGCACAUGUUACGGAGCUCAAGGAGCGCCAAAGGGGCGACAGCGCCGGUUACCCUUCAGUAAUGAUCUGGGCUCGACAUGGAAAACUUCCGAGUGGUGGAGCAGCUCGUAAAGGCAAUAUGAGAAUAUGGACCAAUGUUCAUGUUUUAUUGAACCUUAUUUAUUCAUUCUUUAUUCACUGCAUUUUUUUAAAAUAUAUAUAUGUAUUUCCCUUUUUUCACAAAGGAGAACCCUGUGUUGACGUGUUGACUCGGAGCUUGCCUGAAAAGGAAAAUCGUGUAGAAGUAGAGCUCAGAAAAUGCUGAAGUAGGAUACCGCAGAACGGCGUUGUUGUGCGAGACAGCGAAGGAAAGCGUUUUUACGAAUGUGUUUUGAAACAGGGUUCAUCGACAGAAGAUAAAUGACAAAGACGACAGCACUUGUGCUUAAAUUCUGCGCUCCUCGCAGUAUUGGCGUUGCCUUCCUGUAAUGUUGGAUUGCAGUAUUACAGUUUACAUUUUACACGGACUGCUAUUAAUGACAACGAUGGUGCAUUCGACUCCACCUUGCAAUUUUGUUAAUCACUCCAUUCACAACACAAGUUUCAAGCAGCGGCAUUCGGGUGCUUUGUGUAGCAGACUCAACAUCUUUGAACAAAUUCUCUCCUCGGUGCACACAUUUUCCACGACCAUUCCGCAUCAAUUAUUAUUCCAUAUUAUUCUCGAUCUUUUGUGGCGCUCACGUGCACAUAGGAAGCCUUGUUUACAUUUUUUUCUCUCUCUGACACUGAAAAAGACACAUUUCAUACGCAUAUUCCAGCAGUAAAGAAAGGUAUGAUUGUCGCGGCCCAGGUAGUGGCAUUUGUACAUGGUUCACAGUCUAUGAGGGCUGCCUAUUUGCACAAAGUACUGCCGUCGAGGCGCAGUCGAACAGGUUUCUGAAAGAACAGACGGUACGGAUGACGUGAGAACCAGCAGCACUCUUGAGAAAGACAGCGGAGGAGGAUUUAUUUCAGCUCUGUACAACCUCAUUCAUGGCUUCAUUUGUUCAGAUGAAAGCAUGACAGACAUACAGUAGCCUAUUCUUAUAAUACAGAAAAAAAAACAGUUUCGUGAUGAAGUAUUGUUUAUAUGUUAUGUAAAUAACAUAAUUUUAUUUAUUUUGAUAGUUCACAAUACAGUAUAUUUCUUUACUAGUAGUAAGUCUAUGAGAACUGUAAAAAAUAAAAUAAAAAUAAAAAAAUACCAUGUACCACAAAAAAAAAAAGAAAAAAAAAUCUAGAGGAGAUCAUCAUCAGGUCGGAGUGAAGCAGAAGAAGACUUUUUAGACCUGAUGCCACAUGGAUGGACCUGCGCAGGCAAACCGAGAAGAAGGAAGUCUUUGCUUCCGGGUCAGACACUGGGAAUGAUGUCACUUCCUUUAAAAAGGGAUUUCCAGUACCUGAUGUGCGAUUUAAUAAAGCGAGGAGAAUGCCGGAUGAGUGACAGAAAUGCAGAGCGAUUGUCAUUUAAAAAAAAAAAGAAAAAAAAGCGGAUGAUCUCCCUGCAGUCGUCACACUUGUCUGUAACUUUCUGUAUUUACUCCUGUCAUCACACAUAGACAGUAAUGUGCCGCAAAAAAAUGAAAAAUAAAUAAAUAAAUCAACCGGAUCAGUGCGACUUUGUUGUGCUGUUGAAACCCACACUCUCCAGCACAUGUGGUUUACCAAAGUGUCUCUCUCACAGCUGCGCCACAGUGUUACAAUCCGUUGCAAUACCAAUACCUGUACCUCUGUUCAACAAUGGUCUAUCAAUAAAAAAAAGAAAAGUUUCAAAAACACAAAUUGUCCGUGACUUCUCUAGAGCUUUAAUGGAGUUCAGUGG